AGAAUUCAUUGCUGGCAGACAGUUUCCAGUUAAUAAAAUUUCACAUCUUUGGCAAAAACAGGAAAAAAUAAUAUCACCUGGUCUUUUCAACACGGAGUACUGGGAACAAGCGAGGGGGAAACCAACUGGAAAUAGAAACUAGAAGAUAAUAAGUGACUGUUAACCUGCAACGUCUCUCUUUGUAGACAUUCUUAUCAGCACCAGAUCAAACAACUCGUUAAACCUUAGACAAAGAUAUAGAACAAAGGUCAUGGCAAUGGUUCUGAGUUACGCAUCAACAGCUCUUCAUCACCGUCAUCCUCAUCUAGAUUUGCUUGGCUUGAGUAGCCGAAGAAUAUGCUCAUUAAAACUGUUAAAGUUGACACCAAUAGUCAGAGUUCGGACACCAAUUCGAGCUUUAUCAACAACUAUCGUUGAAACUGAACCUGAAAAUGCCUCAACUGAAAAGGUGGAAAACAGUGAGAAAAAUAUAUUAGCUUGUCCUAUAUGCUAUAAUCAAUUGAAAGUAGAAUCUACAACUAGCUCUAGUUUUCAAUGCGCAACUUGCAAGAAAGCGUACUUCAACAAUGGAACGUAUCUUGACUUGACCGUAUCUAUUGGCGCCAAGCAGUACACUGAAGCUAAGCCAGUUUCAACAGAAGUAUUCAGAACUCCUUUGGUAUCAUUUCUCUAUGAGAGGGGAUGGCGGCAAAAUUUUGUAUGGGGUGGUUUCCCAGGUCCUGACAGAGAGUUUGAAAUGGCUAAAAAAUACUUAAAACCCACAUUAGGUGGAAACAUCAUCGAUGCCAGUUGUGGAAGUGGAUUGUUUUCAAGGCGUUUUGCUAUGAGCGGAUUGUUUUCUCUUGUUGUUGCUCUGGAUUUUUCAGAGAACAUGCUCCGGCAGUGUUCCGAUUUUAUUAAGCAGGAGAAAAGCUUCCCAACUGAGAACUUAACCUUGGUCAGAGCGGACAUAUCUAGACUCCCAUUUGUGUCAAGUUCAGUUGAUGCUGUGCAUGCUGGUGCUGCGUUGCACUGUUGGCCUUCACCCUCUGCGGCUGUAGCAGAAAUAAGUCGAGUGCUAAGACCUGGAGGCGUGCUUGUUGCUACCACCUUCAUUUUAGAUGGAUUUUUUCCUGCUAUUCCAUUCUUGAGGAUACUGCGUCAGAAUAUAGGGCAAGUCUCAGUAAGCAGCAACAUCUUUUUAUCGGAGAGGGAGCUAGAAGAUCUCUGCAAAGCAUGUGGACUUGUGGAUUUUACGUGUGUGAGAAACGGGUCGUUUAUCAUGCUUUCAGCAACCAAACCGAGGUAAAAAAAAUUUUUAGCUUUCCAGCUUAAGAGAUAAAUGUAAAACAUCUUGUAUGUAUUGAUGGGAUGUAAAUAAAAAAUUAUAGAAAGAUAAUGUAAAUUGAGUGGAUGUGAACCUAAUAUAAUGUAAAUGGUCCUGCAAAAACAAGUAAAAAGAGAUAUUCCUUAUUCAGGUACUUGUAUAUGCACUGUUGAGAGUUUGCACUUAUUGGAGAAUUCUGUCUAUUGAAA